AUGGUUACCCCUAAAGAAGUUAUCAAGAGAAGUCUUAAUCCUGAUGGUGCAUCUGUUCAAUAUCAAUCUGAGCAAUUUCUGGACAAAAACAAAGAUUAUGUUGUUCCGGAACAUCAAGAUCUGUUGACUGCUUCCAAGUGCUUUUUUAUAUCAGGCCUUUUCCCUCCAUUGGCCGAGAAGACAACCAAAUCAUCAAACAAAUCUUCUAAUUUCUCAUCGAUUGGUUCUCGCUUCAAUCUACAACUUCAGCAGUUGAUGGAAACUUUGAACUUCACAAAACCCCACUAUAUCAGAUGUGUGAAGCCAAAUAAUUUUCUUAAGCCUGGCAUCUUUGAGAAUGUCAACAUUAUGCAACAAUUACGUUGUGGGGGGGUUCUAGAAGCAAUUCGCAUCAGCUGUGCUGGCUAUUCUACUCGCAAGAGUUUUUCUGAUUUUGUUACAAGAUUCAACAUUCUUGCUCCCGAGGUUAAAAGUGAGAAGUUGCCUGCAAAAAGAUCCUGGCCAAAUAAGGGAUUCAGGGAUAUCAGGUGUCAAAACUCUGAAUAUAGGGAAAACCAGAUGGCUGAAUUAGAUGCACGGAAAGCACAGAAGCUUAGCAGUACAGCCAAGAUUAUACAAAGAUAG